AUGGUUGCUUCAUCUCUUUCAUAUUUGACUUUUAGGACUUGAUAUUCAUGAAGAGUGUCUAUGCUACUGUUUCCAGGUUAUUAAAGGGGGGCAAUCAGACUGUGCUCUCUUAGGAGGACAGACUGCGGAGAUGCCAGACUUUUACGCAGGGGGAGAGUAUGAUCUCAGUGGGUUUGCAGUUGGGAUAGUGAAGAAAGAUUCUGUUAUGAACGGGAAGAACAUAGUUGAUAUAUUGGCUGGCAUUUUGGUGGAGGAAAAUAGCAGUCAAGUGGUUUCUAUAACCGUUUACAAGGAAGAAUGUCUGGCAGACGAUCUCGCGACAACUCAAGCCAGAGUACAAGGUGUUAGAGAUGACAGAAGAGGAACUUCAAGAAAAGCUCGUUGGAGUGUUGGAAACACAAAAAUCUUUGGUCGGUCAUUGAUGAUAUAUGGAGAGAAGGAGAUUGGACCGAAUCAAGCAUGUUUUCUUCUACCUUGCUAUCAAAAUGAUGUUGGGUAAACUGUACUCCUAUUACUGGGCUGCAGAAAGAAUACCAAGGCCGAUUUAUUACCGAUAGAGCGAGCAUCCGAGAUGUUGCAGAUGGAUAAAUUAUACCACAAUGUGAUGGAUAUUCACAGUAUGACAAGGCUAGAGACACUCUCAGCGGCAUUAAAUGUACUACUGAAACUGCAUCUUCAUCUCUAGGCAAAUUGAUACACUUGGAAAGACAUAAUAUAACAAGUAGUUCUAUGAAGAAAGAUUUGUUUUGGACUGCGUUCAUCUCAAGCAAGUGAAGUUGGCUAUGUUCUAUAUAUAUAUGCUAAGGUUACUUGUUGAACAACAUUUCUCUUCUCACCUUACAACAAUAUAACAUAACCUGAUAAAUCACUUCAUCAAGAAAAAAUCGAUUAUAUACUUAUUUGGAAAAUCAUAACCGAUGGUAGAAUAGUAACCUGCUACACUAAAUUAACAAUUUAAGUUUGUUUUGUUUGAACUUGUUGAGUGUCUUUAUUUCUACACUGUCGAGCAAGUUACAAAAUGAUUGUAUCAAACUGAUAGCCAUUUCCCUUUUGCUUGGCCAGAGCAUAAACAUUGUGCACCGCAGCUGCUGAUAUUUAUAAAGCAUCUAUAAAGGAAAGGUUCCUUGCAUAUAGUAAACAGUCUUGUACCAAAUUUCUGAUAUUUAUAUACAUUAAAAGGACAUUUUUGUUUUAAACUAAAUAGAGAGUC